AGAUAUAGGGUGAAAGGAAAGAUAGAAGCAAAGAGAAAGAGUUGAGAGUUUGGGUGAAGAUAACAGAGAAAGCGCCGAUUUUUGGAUUUGUUAGCAAUCAAACUGAAAAUCUAAGGCACACCCAGCAAUCUUAAGCAUUUCAUCUUUCACCCUCUGAUUUUCUCGAGAAAAUCAUUCUUUUCUCCGUUAGCAAACUAAGUAUUCAAAUUCUUCUGCACAUUUUGCUGCUGCAGCUGCUGCUGGCGCUACUAUUGUGUAAUGUAAUGCUGAUUCGAGAUAAAUUUUUGUAGAUUCCAUUGGAUUGACCACAGAUCUUGAGGUGAUCUCAGAUUUUCCAACAUCAGAGAGAGAGAAAGAGAGAGAGAGGAUGGAAAAGGAAAAGAAGAGUCAAACAGCAACAGAGACGGAUUUUGUGUUGCAAUGGGGAACCAAAAAGAGGCUUAGAUGUGUGAAAGUGAAAAAAGACCAAAACUUGGCCAACAAAUCUAAACCAAUUGAUUCUUUGCCAAAGAAGAAGUUUACAUCUCGUGUUGUCACUGCCGAGAAAGAAUCUCCUCGUGUCAUCAAGAAUUCUGAUUUGCCAAUGAACAAUAGGAAGUCCUCAGUGUUAUCGCCGGAGAAAGAAGAUCGAUACUACACAACGAGGGGAUCAUUGGGAUUGGAUGACAAUGGGAAGGUUUUGAUUGAUAAUACGAAGGAAGAUAAGGGUCUGGUAUGGCCUAAACUAUUUAUUACAUUGUCUAGCAAAGAGAAGGAAGAGGAUUUCAUGGCUAUGAAAGGAUGCAAGCCUCCUCAAAGGCCUAAGAAAAGAGCCAAACUGAUACAAAAAACUCUACUUUUGGUGAGUCCGGGUGCAUGGUUAACAGAUUUGUGUCAAGAGAGGUAUGAAGUUAGGGAGAAGAAGGCUUCCAAAAAGAGGCCCAGAGGAUUGAAGGCAAUGGGAAGCAUGGAAAGUGACUCAGAAUGAGAGAUUUAACGGAGGCAAGAAUAUUUUGAUUUUUGAUGGUUAGGAUAGGAGAGACAAAUACAAACAUGAAAUUUUAUUUUUCUUUUCUUUUCUUGUCUUGUAAGAAAGAAAAGAAAAAUGAAUAGCAUGGGGGUGUCUCUGUGUCUUUUUGUGAAUUAGAUGUCUGGAAUACAAAUUAGUCAAUUUUUUUUUUUCUCCUCUCCCUCUGGGGGCGGUGAUGACUGAUGCUUCAUCUCAUUCUUUAUUGCAUUUCACGGGUCAUUCUUCCUUC